GGCACAACUCAAUUCAAACUCCAUGCUUCGCCUGCCAAUUUUCUUCGAGAUCAACCAAGUAGUUCGACUGCUGUCUAGGUACCGCUAAUACUUUGAUGUACUGGUGCGUGCUCACUAAUCAGUCCGUAUCAAAUAUUACUAACCACACAGCCAGACUUACUCAGUCCAUCAUGAUGGUGGAGUGACGGUCUGACUCGUAUUAGAAAAUAUCGACCAAGCCUAGCCUGCCGCUCAAAUGCCGUCCCAAAUAUCCGAUCGUACCGGGUUCCUGCAGAGAUAAGAAGGUGCAUGCCGUGUGUGCGAGGAUCCCGCUUCUUCACUUACUAUCGAACAAAUGCAGAUGGAGUAUCCGGCGGUCGAUAUCUCAGCAGCCACGAGUCAGCAGCGAUUAGCGGUGCGUCGCUUUCUUAAUAACACGAGAGCAAGUUAACAUACCAUAUUCCAUUAGUACCUGUACAUGUCGAUGACGACGUUCUGGACAUAUGAUUAUGCCUGUGCACUUCAUGAAGAGUGGAAAUUUCUGCGUCGGUCGCGCUGGACCAAAGUAAAAGCCCUUUACAUCAUGACACGAUAUCUCCCUUUUUUUCUGAUCGUCAUGCACCUAUAUCUGAACUUCGCCCCGAUCGAAGACCCCAAUAAAUGUCAGAUGCUGAUCAAUGUCUACUCAUCUUUCAGUCAGAUAUCAAUCAUUUGCUCUGAAUGUUUUUUCAUGAUUAGAACAUAUGUGCUCUGGAACAGCAAUAGGAUCGUACUCGUAGGCCUGCUGUCCACUGCUUUCGCUAUGGUCGUGACAUCCGUCAGCAUUCGUUUUGCCACCACUGCCACCUCAUAUUUUACGACUAGCGCGAUCCCGGGCACCCCUAGCUGCCCCUCGAGAUCAAGCAGUGUUCUAUACUUCAUAUCGUUUAUUUUCUUAUUUGUGUUUCAACUAGUAUUGAUCAUUCUCACACUCACACGUGCCAUACAGAGCUGGCGGUCGACAAAGGGCCCUCUGCAAGCCAUCUUGGUGAAGCAUAACAUAUUCUACUAUAUAUGCGGUCUCUUUCUCUCGGCCGUCAAUGUCCUCGUGCCAGCGCUAUUUCCCAACUCCCCAUACUACACCGCCCUCGAACUCUUUCAGGUGUGCAUCCUUGCGAUCCUUGCCACGCGCAUGCACCUCCAUCUUUGGCACCUCGACCAACAUAUGCAUAGCUCUGAUGCCCUCAUAUACAUUUCUAUGUCCGACAUGUCACCUGCAGACUGUACGGUGUAAUGUCUUGCCAUGUGGCUUAUCCGUCGUGGGAGGAGCGAGAUUUGGACUAGUAGAUGACUGGUCGGGGUGGAACGCACUUGACUUAUAAUAGUGAUCACAUACACAAAUACUAUAACACGAGAUAAUAGAGCUAAUACGUGAUCAGAGAGGCCCUGCGGGUGCAUAUCAUGGUCAUUCCCCUUUGAUUCCCCUAGAUCUUCAUGCA